AUGAAGUUUGGUAAGACGUUUCCUAAUCAUCAAAUACCAGAAUGGUCGGUUUAUUAUAUGGAUUAUAAACGAUUAAAAAAGAUCAUUAAACCGUUAGAUAAUAAUCACAACAACGACAGUCUUAAUGAAGAUACAAUACAAACCAUACUUGGUACUUUUUUCUUUGAAUUGGAUAGAUAUAUUGAACAAGUAGAUUCAUUCUAUAAUGUCAAACUUAUUGAAUAUUCAAGAAGAUUAGAAAAGAUUAUUACAUAUACUUCCGAAUUAUCACCUAUUGAAGAUGAAGACGAUGUUGCUAAUAUCUUAUAUGAACUCCAAUUAAUGUUUAAGAAAUUGAAAUGGUUUGGUGAAUUGAAUCAUAAAGCAUUUAUUAAAAUUUUGAAGAAAUUAGAUAAGAAAUUAUCAACCAGACAAAAUCUGACAAUUGAUGUAUCCCAUCAUAAUAAAGAGGUUUAUUUGACUACUAGGAUUGACGUUUUAUCAUUUUCUAAUGGAACUGAAAUUAGAGAAGCAUUACAAACUAUUGAUAAAUUGUUAGUACAAGUUGGUUCUUCGUUUGUUCAUGAUGAGAAGAAAGAAACGGUUGUGAAAAUCCCAAGAAAGGGUGAUAAUGAAUUUGCUCAAGCCUUAGGGAAACUCAUUUUAAUAGACGGUGAUAUAUCUGACCAAUUGGAACAAUAUAAAUCCAAAUUGUCACAUAAGAAUAUUAUUUCAUUAUUGAUUAAAGCUUCAUUAGCCAAUUCUAUCAAGGCAAUUGAUGAAUUAUUGAAGCAUCUCCAAGAACUCACCUUAUUUGAUGAAUCUGAUAUUAAUGGUAGAAAUUUCUUUCAUUAUUAUGUUAUUAGUUUAGGUAAACAUGGUCAAUUAUUAAAGAAUCAAACAAUGGCAUCAGCGUCAUCAACUGAAAGUUUCAUCAAAGAUGAUGUCGACCAUUCACACUUAGCAAAUGGAUUCAUUCACGUAUUAGAAACAAUGCCAAUUGAUUCCAGAUCAUUAUUAACCGGAAAGGAUCACUAUUCACGUACACCCUUACACUACUCCGCACAAUAUGGAUUAGACCUCAUCUCCAAACAUCUCAUCAACUACGUCACCACCUGGAAACUCAUCCCCAAUCCAACCUCAAUCGACGACAUCGAAGUCUGGGGAGAUCAAGAGAACCUCACCCCACUCCAUCUUGCCAUUCUUUCAAAACAUCCAAAAACAACUCAGGCACUCAUAUCAUCCAACUCCAACAUUCCAUUAACAUGUCAUGAUCUUCUCCUUCUAGCCAUCCCCCUUAAUUCAAUCAGCAUCAUCCAAGCAUUGAUCACUCAAGGAAAUAUUCUGGUUAAUUAUACAAACCCCGGUCCAAAUUAUCAUAAUGAAUCAGCCUUAUAUAUCGCAUGUAAACUAAACUUCCCCGGGAUUGUCGAAUAUUUACUCGAUCAAAAUGCCGAUCCCGAAAUUGGUGAGAAUGUCUUCGGUUGGACUCCGGUAUUUGUGGCUGCUAGUGAGGGAUAUAUCCAAAUCGUGAAAUUAUUAAUCGGAUAUGGAUGUGAGGUAGAUAUAGUUGAUGAUUCCGGUUGGUUACCUGCCGAACAUGCAUGUUUGAGGGGACAUUUGGAUGUGGCUGAUUUGGUGAUGCCAAAACAACCCGGAUUGUUAAAGUAUGAUAUGUAUCAUCCUGAUCGAAAUUUGAAAAGAAUUGUUUCGCAGAGUGUGAGUAGUGAGAGUGUGAGUAGUAUUGAAAGGAGACCGGGUGAUCAUAAUAAUGUGUUGCUGAUGUAUCUGGUUUUGAGAAAUUCUGGGAGUUCGGUAGAGGGAUUGAAUAAGAAGAAUAUGAAGCCCGUUAAAUCUUUUGGACAUAGAUAUUUGAAUGAAGAUGAAUCAAUGAUUUUGAUUACCUUGGGUACGUCGGAUACUAGAGAUAAAUCAUCCCCAGUAGAAUUGAAUAAAGCGACCUUGCCAAAGAGUUAUAUCAGUGAAUUAGAAACUGCACUUUCAUUAGAAAUCACUUGUCGUCAUCAUAUUACAAAUGAAGAAAUGGAGCCACCCGUUGUUGUCGACCUCCCACUCCAGGACCAUCAUGGAAGCGCCACCGAUCCAAUUAAAGUCACUCUCAAAAACCACGUUCGAUCAGCUGAUGUAUAUCUUACAUUUGAUUUGAUUCCCACCUAUCAAACCGCCACUCCCAAGAUUCUCGCUCGCGCAACCUCGAUUCUCGAACAUACAUACACCCCAGUCGGACCCCAUCUCACCUCCCUCCACAAAACCAUCACCGUGCCCCUCCUCCAUACCGGAAAUCUUUCCAUUGCCGGCUUGGUCCGAUUCCAACACCUCGAAAUCCUCCCAUUCACCCAUCCCGCCAUGACACCAAUUAGAUCAGACACAUAUUGGAAACAACUAGUUCUGACCCGAGUGAUUGGACAUCGGGGAUUGGGAAAAAAUGAUCACCCGCAAUUAAGAAAAUCAUUACAAUUGGGUGAAAAUACUGUUGAAUCAUUCAUUGCGGCUUCGAGUUUAGGUGCUUCAUAUGUUGAAUUUGAUGUACAAUUGACGAAAGACUUUGAGGUGGUUGUAUAUCAUGAUUUCACGGUUGCUGAAAGUGGGGUGGAUAUUCCGAUGCAUUGUUUGACAUUGGAACAAUUUCUUGGAUUGAAUGGUGGUAGUGGAAGUGGUGGUACUAAGAAUGGUGGUGGCAGUGAGAGGAGAAGAAAUUCGGUGGAUGAUAUUUCGUUAUUAUCGAAUCGAAAACCAAGAUCGAAAUCUUCUCAACAAUUAUCAUCGAAUGGGUUUGGAUUUGGGAUGUUGGAUUCGAAUAAAGAUGAAGAAGAUCGGAAACUUGAUCGAGAAGUUGAGAGUCAGAUGAAUGCCAGGAUGAGAUUAACCAAGACUUGGAAAGAUAAAGGAUUCAAAGGAAAUACGAGGGGAACAUCCGUGGCAUCUAAUUUCGCCACACUUAAAGAUUUAUUCCGUAAGAUUCCCGCCAAUGUAGGUUUUAAUAUCGAACUCAAAUAUCCAAUGUUGGAUGAAGCUGAAAUUGAAUCCAUGGGAGAAAUCGCCAUCGAUAUUAAUCAUUAUUUAGAUACGGUAUUAAAAGUGAUCUAUGAUGAGAAUGAAAAAGUCAAAAGAGAUAUUUUAUUCAGUUCUUUCCAUCCAGAUAUAUGUCUCUUAUUAUCAUUAAAGCAACCCACUAUUCCAAUCUUAUUCUUAACUGAAGCCGGAACUGCGCCUAUGGCAGACAUUAGAGCUGGUUCAUUACAGAAUGCAAUUCGGUUUGCCAAGAAAUGGAACUUGUUAGGUAUUGUAUCUGCAGCAGGAACAUUAGUUAAAGCACCUAGAUUAGCACAGGCUGUUAGAUCUUCUGGACUCGUUUGUGUUAGUUAUGGGGCGGAGAAUAAUGAUCCUGAGUUGGCUAAGGAACAGAUGAAGGCAGGUGUGGAUGCUGUUAUUGUGGAUAGUGUUUUGGCGGUGAGAGAAGGAUUGAGGUGUGAGAUUGAGGCGUUGAAGGAUUUAGAAGAUAGAUUUUUAGAUUUUGUAUUAUAA